CGGAGCUUAGGCCCACAGUAUCAUUGUCGUCUUCAAGCGUUCAUACUUCAUACUAUCCUCUCUCUCUCUCUCUGCAACUGCAAGAGAUGAUGGAGAUGGAGGAAGCAGAGACGAUAGAUCUAUACGAGCUUCAAUAUUCAGACUUAUCUUCACCUUCAACUUCAUCCAUAGUCGAUUCCAUUAUGGAAGCCCUAGGACCCACUGGCCCAGGCCUCCUCGCCGUCACCAACGUCCCCAACGCUUCCAACCUCCGCUCACACCUUCUCCCCCUCGCUCGGAACCUCGCCCUUCUCGACCGCGAAUCCCGGAAACUCGUUCUCAAGGGAUGCUCAUUGUGCUUGAAUUGCGUGCUUUCCUUCCUAGGAGCAUAACUUGGGUAGUGACGUCCCUUUAAGAAAUCCUGAUAGGACGGUGUCCUCCUUUGCUAUGCAACUCAAAUAUGCCAAAUCACAACAUGUUCAACAAACGGUGAGUGAGUGCUAUGGAAUGGAAUUCGAGAAUCUUGGAAGCUCUUUCAAAGAGCUAGGGUUAUGCAUGAUGGAGCUUGGGCUUUGCCUUGCUCGAAUAUGUGACAAGGCUAUUGGUGGCAAUGAGUUAGAGCAGAGUCUAUUGGAUUCAUGUGCGGCUAAAGGGAGACUCAUUCAUUAUCAUUCACAUUUAGAUGCUCUCCUCCUAAAACAACUUGAGAGGAGUAAGGCAACUAGCAAGAGACGUGCUGGUAAUAUCAAACCGUUGGAAGGGUUAGAGUCGAAUUCAAUUGCCCAUGACGCGAAUUCGGGUGGAAUUCAUUCGAAUUUGUGGCAGCAGUGGCAUUAUGAUUAUGGCAUAUUCACUGUUCUUACAACUCCAUUGUUUAUUCUGCCGUCUUAUUUGGAGACAAGCAAAACAGAAGAUCCGUUUCCUGCAUCUUGUUUUGAUGAGUGUCCAUCACCAACUAGGCAUACAUGCUUGCAGAUAUAUGAUCCCAAUAAGAAAAGGGCCAUUAUGGUGAAUGCCCCUCCAGAAAGUUUUAUCAUUCAAGUUGGGGAAGCUGCCGAUAUAAUCUCAAAGGGGAAGCUUCGCUCGGCCCUGCACUGUGUUCAUAGACCUUCCAAGUUUGAAAAUUUGAGCAGAGAAACUUUUGUUGUGUUUCUGCAGCCUGCAUGGACUAAAACAUUCUCUAUCUCGGAUUAUCCGCAUGCAAACUCCAGCUUCAAUGGUCAGUGUUUAGUGGCUACUGAUGAGGAGCAGCAGCAAUCUGGGCAGGAUAGUGAUAAUCUAAGUCAAGAAAUUAACAAAAUAGUUCCCCCUCUUUCGUCACGGUUGAAGGAAGGGAUGACUUUUGCCGAGUUCUCACGUGAAACAACAAAGCAGUACUAUGGUGGUAGUGGUUUGCAGUCAAAUAGAUGACUAGUUUCUAAGGGUUAGUCCUGUUUCAAUGUAUACCCCUGCCAAUGCAAUAGAGGUUUGAUUAGUUAAACCUCACUCAUUAUGUAUUUUGGUACCCUUUAUUUGGAACAAUCGUAUAUUUGCAAAAGAGUUACACUCAUUUAGUGGAAUGGCAAUAUAUUUGGGAAGCUGUUUAACAGGGGAGAAAUUUUGCCUGUUAGUUUUGGGAAAAUACUUAUCGUUUUCAUUAAUUAUUUCAUAAAUAAUUAUAAGAUGUUA